CCGAAGCGUCCGCCUCCACUUGGUGUUAGAGCCAGCGCUGGCUUCAGAACCGAGACUUCUUUGAGGAAAAAGGAGAAAUGUGUUUUGUUUUGAGAAUUACUGAAAGCCCGGGUGGUGUCGAACCUCAGAAUUAAGGCGUUUGGAGUUGACCAAAACCGAGCUUUUAUUCGGGGCGGGUCCGGGACAGGACCGAACUUUACUUUGGAUCAACCUUAGAACUUUAAACGGCGCUGAAGUUAGCUUCCGGUUCGGUGGUUCAUUAAUGGGCUAUUUCACGAGUUUAAGGAAUCAGGUCUACUUUUGACUAUCUAGAGUUUUAGUCGAACCGAAUUAUUCUACUGAUCCCUCAGAUUCUUGAAAACAUGGUUUAUGGUUUGGAAACGUUUUCAUUUAUCUGGAAAUACAUUUUUUAGCAAUUAAAUGAGCAUAAACGGAGUUGAGUUUUAAAACCGCAGAGCUGGGACCAGUUGAACAGGGACCAGUCCAGUCCCAGUUAAGCUUAGGGUUGAUCUGCAUUGAUUCUGCUGGCUAUAGCGGCAGUUUAUGAAUGAAGGAAUGAGGAACAACUGGUUGGUUCUGAAUGACUGACGCUGUUAAAGAGAAAGACAAAAACCGGAACAAAACAGUUUCAGAUUGGUGGCAUUACAUCAGGGUUGGACCUGCAGUGUGGGUCCAGAGCAGCACAGUUCUGGUUCUGAUCCAAUCUGCACCUCUGAUGACAACACAAAAAUACCCAGAAUUUCACUGGUUACCUGCUAUUUUAUAUCAUGUAAUCAGAUAUAAUCUGGGCUUAUUUGGGCUGGUUUCACUGCGGCUUCAGGUUCUGUCUGACCCGGUCCAAAAAAUGAACUAAUUUCUUCCAAACCUCAGACGGUCAGAACCUUCUUCAGGUUUCCUGCUUAAGUUUCAUUUGAGCUCAAACUUUAGGGUAGAUUUUGGCAGUUACAUAAAAUAAUGAUAAAAAGUAAUAAAGAAACAACACAACACACAUCGUAGUAAACAGAAGGAAAAAUGCAACAAACAAAAGUUUUUAUUCUUAGAAUCUUAUUUUGAACUAGAGCUGAUUUUAAAAAACAUUUAAAAAAUACAACAGGAAAUAGCCCUUUACUGCCCCUCUGAAUCACAAGCUAACUUCAGCGUUGAGUUCAGGGCACUGAAGUUAGCUUCCGAUUCUGAAAUUCAAUUUUUACUUCAAAAACAGCAGAAAUAAUUUCUGUAAGGAACUGCUUCAGGAAGAACAACAGAAAAGCUAAUAACUUUACACAGAGACAGAUUGACCUGUUUGAUUAUAUUUAAACGUCCACUUCCGGUUCAUAAUGUCCCUGUCUGGUUUUAUUAAUUCUGGAUUUAUUUUCUUACUUCUGAUGAAAGCUGGUGGAGAACUGGAAAGACAGGAACUGACAUCAUCACUGAUUAAAACAGUAAAAGUUUGGGAAAAUGCCCCAUAGUUUUAAUCAUUUUCACAAAUAAAAACCUUAAAAAUAUAAAUUAAGAUGUUUUAAAUAGCUAUUUAUUAUGGUUGUGGCAGCAUCAUACUGUGGGAAGAUGGGCAGAGAUAAUCAAAACACUCAGAUGAGACUGGGGUCAAAGUUCAGCUUACAGCAGCCAGAAAUAUUAUGGUUCAAUUCAAAGCUCAUUCAUGGGUUGGAACGGCCUAGUCAAAGUCCAAACCUGAAUACGUUGGAAUCUGUGGGAAAACGGCUGAAGACGCCCUAACCCCAGAGGUUCUGCAGAGUUCUGACUCAGACAGGAGGGAUAUAAAAACACUCCACACUUUUCAGAUUUCAUUAGUGAUGAAUAUUAAAGCCACGAUCCUCCUCUUCCUCACGAUGAAGGUCCACUCGCUGGGUACCGAGUUCGGGUCCUGGUCCCGGUUCUGAUAUUCUUCUCGUCCCUCAGAGAUGCGCGGUGUGGACCUGGUUCGGGCGUACGACCGGGUUCUGGAGCAGCAGAUCCUGAGUCGGGGGUCGUGCCGGGCCUGUCAGGACGAGGUGUUGAGGUCAGAGGUCGAGGGCCUCCUGGCGACCUCCGACCCCCGGGAGCUGCACAGCCUGGGCCUGGAGCCGCUGCGGCUGAUGGAGGAGGUUCUGGAGGCCCGGCGCGGUCUGGGUCUGCGUGGCCUGGCCCGGACCUUCGAGGUUCUGGAGCAGGCGGCAUUGAACCUGUACCUGGGCCCCUGGAGGGAGGAGUACCGGGUGAUCAAGAUGUACUCCGGUACCUUCACCCACUGCGUCGCUCCGGUACUUUCGGCGCCGCAGACCGAGGAAGUGUUCGGCCUGCUGGGGUACCGGCCCGGCCCGGCCCAGACCCGGUUGCUGCGCCUGCAGCCUGCUGGCGGCGUGGCGGCGCCGCGGGAGCUGCUGUGCCUGGCCUGCGCCUUCUUCCUGGCCCGCUGCGAGUGUCACCUCCUGCUGGCCGCCCUGGGAAAGCGUGGCGGCGCCCGCUGGGAGCUAGGCGUGGUGCGGGAGCGGCGGCAAGGCCAGCGGCUGCAGGUUGCCAUUGACAACACUGAGCGGCUGCUGUCUGUCCCGGAGGACGCAGAGGGAGAGUUGGACCUGUACCGGGACGACAGCACGGCGCCCCCUGGUGGCCAGCGGCGCAGCAACGGGCCGGUGGCGGCGCCCCGCAGCAGGAGGUUUGGUCCGGUCGUUCCCCCGCCGCUGGAGGCAGAGAGAGGGCGACCCCAUGACCUCUGCGGCUGUCUCCGUGCGCCUCCGCUUAGUCUCCAGCGCUGCCUGGACUGCGGUGUCCUCCAUGACAUCACUUGCGUCCACCUGACCGACUGCAACCUGCAGCGCCACCAGGUGGAGCCGGCGAGCGGCGUCCCAGAGACGGGGCCGGAGUGUCCCCGAGACGCCGUCCCCGAGGACACGGCCAUCUCCGGUGACACCGCCGCCUCUCAGCCAAUCAGCUACCACUGUGAAGCGGCCAGCGCCAACCCCCACCUGCUGUGCCUCACCUGCAGAGCUGUCCACGGCGCCGCCUGUGUGGAGGGCAAGCUGUGCCGCUUGGCCCACCGGACCCGCUGCCUGGGGACGUGUUCCUGCGGGAAGUCCUGCUGCGGGACGCCGCGUGUCCUGUGCCUCUACUGCGGCGACGAGUUCUGCAGGGACUGCUGGUACAAGAACCCGCUGACCUGCGUCUGCGGACGCAGCUUCCACCUGUCCACCGACCUGUCCACCUCCGUCUGAGGACUUCCUGCUCUUCGGGCUCAAUGAGCCGAACCUCAGUGCCUGAGAGAGCAACACGUUGCAAGUUCACUUUGUUGCAGCAAACAGGAAGGGCGGGACGGACCGCUGUCAGUCCCCUAGCUUAUUUGGAAGCGGGACCAUUGCACUCCGGAAGUGAAGGGGGCGCCAUUACCUACAUUAUCCACGGUCUCCCAUUUUUAUUUUCUUUUGAAAUCUGUGAUAUAUCUUCACUUUUAGGAAGGAUUUUCACUCUCAGCAUGUAUUUGAACUUCUGUCUUUUAUUUUCUUCAGCUCAGCUCACAGUUUCUAAUAAGUUCUGUAGCUUUCUGUGAACUUCUAAAUCGGCUCCUUAGUCGCAUCUUUUCGGGCCUGAUACUGCCUCUAGUGGCGUGGGGUGGUAACAACUAAUAAAAUUACAUUACUAAAUCAGAAUACCACAGGGGGGCGGACCUUGAUGCUCCUACUGCCUUUUUUGAGUAUUUUUUUUUUAAAUCUGUGCGUCAGGAGGCCUGCUUGUGCUUCUCAACAACAGUAUUUAGCUAAAAAUAAUUUAGCAAAAUGAAUGAGUCUGGCUGUUCAGAGGCCGGGCCCAUGGAGGGGGCGGAUCUACGCCUCUAUCAAAUUAUGGGCAAGAAUAUAUUUUUUUCCAACAUGCAUUUGUUUGUGAAUAAAACCGUACAUCUGAUGUUGAAAUUAGAAAAA